AUGGGGAGAACUGUGGUGCAGCUCACCCUCAUUGGGCUGCAGCUGGCUUUGGCUUCCACGCUGCCAAACAAGGAUGACUGGGACGUCUACAGCUUUCACAUCAACUCCACAGUGACCAGUCGUUAUGCCACCACUGUCAUCACAAGCCGUGUGGUCAAUCGUAUGGACGAGUCAAAGGAAAUUGAAUUCCAUGUUCGGAUUGCCAAGAAUGCCUUCAUCAGUAAAUUCCGAAUGUUUAUCGAUGGCCAAGUUUAUGACGGUGUUGUGAAAGCUAAGGAGCAAGCUCAGCAGCAGUACACUGAAGCUGUGUCCCGUGGUGAAAGUGCUGGGCUUGUCAGUUCUGUAGGGAGGACUCUGGAGGAAUUUAUGACGUCUGUAACUGUGGCUGCUCACAAAAAGGUCACUUUUGAACUCACAUAUGAGGAACUGAUGAAACGCACACAUGGCAAGUACGAGCUGCAAAUUCAUGCUCGACCCAUGCAGCCUGUCAGGGACUUCAAGGUGGAUGUGUACAUUCACGAGGAAGCUGGCAUCAAUUUCAUCGAUGUGAAAGGAGGCCUGAGCACCAAAGCCCUCGCUAAUGCCAUCACCAAAACACAUGUUAAUAAACAGGCAUGGGUAUAUUUCUAUCCAACAGUGGAUCAACAGACAAUGUGUGACAACUGUGGAGAGCAGGGUAUGAAUGGAGAUCUGGUUAUUGUUUAUGAUGUCAACAGGAACAAUGGAUUGGGAGACAUCAAGAAAUCUGGUGGGUACUUUGUUCAUCACUUUGCUCCAUCCAAUCUUCCCCGAAUUUCCAAAAAUGUCGUCUUUGUUAUUGACAAAAGUGGUUCAAUGCAAGGCAGAAAAAUAGAGCAGACUAGGAUCGCGUUAAUCCAUAUUUUGAAUGACCUGGCAGAAGAUGACCAUUUUGGUUUGAUCACUUUUAAUGCCAACAUUUUUUCCUGGAAAUUGGAACUUGUUCAGGCCAACAGUAAAAACGUGGAAAGUGCCAAAAACUUUGCACGCAACAUUCAAGCUACAGGAUACACGGACAUCAAUCAAGCACUGCUGCAAGGAGCAAAUAUGCUGAACACCCAUGACAGAGAAGGUUCAGCAUCAAUCCUUAUACUCCUCACAGAUGGACAGCCAACCACAGGGGUGACAAAUCUGGAGAAAAUACAGUCAAAUGUAAGAGAGGCUGUUGCAGGCAAAUUCCCAGUUUACUGUCUGGGUUUUGGUUUUGAUGUUGAUUUUGAGUUCCUUAAGAAAAUGUCGCUGCAAAAUAACGGUGUGGCACGACGGAUUUAUGUAGACUCUGAUGCUGAUUUACAGCUGAAGGGUUUCUAUGAAGAGGUGGCAACUCCUCUGCUGACAGAUGUGACAAUGAUCUAUGUGGGUGGGACCAAUCUAACCCAGACUAACUUCAGUCAGUAUUAUAAUGGUUCUGAGAUUGUGGUGGCCGGACAGAUCACAGACAAUGACAUUGAAACCUUCACACCUCAAGUUGUGGCCAUUUCGAGUAAUAGAAGGUUAGUAUUUUCUGACCCAAAUGACAUUGUGGAAUCUGGUGGAAGUGUGUCCGAUGACCUUAUACAGAGAGUUUGGGCCUACCUCACAGUUAAACAGCUUCUGGACAAAGAGCUCCAGUUAUCUGGACCUGAGAAAAAGCAAGUGAAGAAGGAGGCUUUGAGUCUCUCACUGAAGUACAGCUUUGUGACGCCGCUCACAUCUAUGGUUGUCACAAAGCCUCUGGGAGAGACCAUACAUGUGCUUCAUAAACCCAAGGAAAGUGAAGCACCACAGAGAAGGAAGCCCCCUGGACGUCAGUCCAUUUCAAGACACCAUGGUACUUCUACUAGUCACAGGAGUGAUAAUGUUGGUGUAUCUCUAGCUCCUCUUCUCCACAGGUUUUUGUUAAAAGCUGAGAAUCAGACUGUUCCGCUGUGCUUUGAUGUCAGUGGUGCUCUCAGCCUUAAACUUCUUCAUCAUCCCAGCAGGGAGCUGUUUGUGAAUGGUGAGCUUGAUUCCGUUGCAAACGGAGGUUUCAAGAGAAUUUUCAUACACUUCAAAACUAACCAGCAUUUCGAGAUUGACACCAAAGGGGUCACUGUACGAGAUGGACAGACAGAAACACAUCACACUGGAGAGGAUCUGGUCACUGCUGGAAGUGUCACAAUGAUUAUGCGCAACAAUGAAAUAGACAUUGCAGCAGGAGACAUGCGCCUGGUUAUUUUAGUUCAUAAGAAGAACAGCAUUAAAUUCCUUUGGCCAGUUUUAAGACAGUAUCCUUCAGCCAACAACACUGAUGGACUUUUAGCUCUAAAGUCAGCAGUUUAUGAGGAGGUACAACAAGUUGCGGCUACAAAACUAAAGAUUAAAAACCAGGAGAUCAAUGUUACUAGCGGCAAUGCCAAUGACUAUAGCAUUGCCUCUCCUCUCAUGAUGAACUGCUGGCUCACAUCUGCUGACUCUGCCUUGCAGAGACCACUGGCCGAUUUCAUUGUUGCACAACUUUAACUGGAAACAGUGAAAAAAUAUUUCAUUUAAGAAGAGAAUAUGGAAAAUACUUGCAACACCUGCUUCCAGCA